CAGCCCUGGUUGCUGUCACAGCUCCCUGCUCAUUUCCCCUAUUGAUAAAUAAGUUCCUUCUCCUUCCUGCUCCCCCCACCGCCACCCCCUUGCCUUUUCUCCUCCCCCAGAAUUAAAUUCCUGAGCAGGAGCAGAAGCUGAUGUCAGUGCUUCAGCUGGCAUUGGGGCAGCUCGGUGCACAGGUUCAGCACAAUGAGUUGGCAUCCUGGGUGUUAGCAGUGUGAGGAGCCCAGGCCAGGUGCUGCCCCGCUCACCCCUUCCCCCCUUGCUCAUCGGCCUCGGGGAGACAGGUGCUGGCGUCCCAGCCCUGCCCUUCCGCCCCUUGCCCCCCACUCUCCACAGAGGGGACGGGCCCGUUAUGGCAGGGGACAGGCUCCCACGCAAGGUGAUGGACCCCAAGAAGCUGGCCAGCCUCCUGAGGAACGGAGCAGAGGGCACCCUGGUCAUCGACAGCCGCUCCUUCGUGGAGUACAACUCCUGGCACGUCCUCAGCUCCGUCAACAUCUGCUGCUCCAAGCUGGUCAAGAGAAGGCUCCAGCAGGACAAGGUUUCCAUCACAGAGCUCAUCCAGCCUGCCUCCAAGAUGAAGGUGGAGGCUGAGGAGCACCAGGACGUGGUGGUCUAUGACCAGAGCACGCGGGACGUGGCCGGCUUGGCUGCUGACAGCUUCCUCUCCAUCCUCCUGGGCAAGCUGGACAGCUGUUUCCACAGUGUCUCUAUCCUCACAGGAGGCUUUGCCACCUUCUCAUCCUGCUUCCCAGGGCUCUGUGAGGGGAAGCCAGCUGCCAUCCUGCCCAUGAGCAUCUCCCAGCCAUGCUUGCCCGUGGCCAACGUUGGCCCCACACGCAUCCUGCCACAUCUCUACCUGGGCUCCCAGAAGGACGUCCUAAACAAGGACUUGAUGACGCAGAACGGGAUAAGCUACGUCCUCAACGCCAGCAACUCCUGUCCCAAGCCAGACUUCAUCUGUGAUAGUCACUUCAUGCGCAUUCCUGUCAAUGACAACUACUGUGAGAAGCUGCUCCCCUGGCUGGACAAGUCCAUUGAGUUCAUUGACAAGGCCAAGGUGUCCAGCUGCCAGGUGAUUGUGCACUGCUUGGCUGGGAUCUCCCGCUCGGCCACCAUCGCCAUCGCCUACAUCAUGAAGACCAUGGGUAUGUCGUCAGAUGAUGCUUACAGGUUUGUGAAGGACCGUCGCCCGUCCAUCUCGCCCAACUUCAACUUUCUGGGCCAGCUCCUGGAGUACGAGAGGAGCCUGAAGCUCCUCAAGGCCCUGAAGUCAAAGGGUGACCGGGUUGAGGGAGACACCCAGCAGGACCCAGCGGAGGCAGCUGAGAGCAGCCGGCACCCCCCCCCCCCACCUACCUCAGAGAAGGCCGAGGAGGUGCCGAGAGGCACCGCUGCGGCAUCCCCCCACGGUGACUGCGAGCGGCAGGGCGGCGCCCCCAAGGUCCUGUCGCCCACCACCCUGCAGCAGGGGCUCAACGGCUUGCACCUCUCCUCCGAGCGCAUCCAGGACACCAACCGCCUGAAGCGCUCCUUCUCCUUGGACAUCAAGUCCGCCUACUCCCCCAGCCUUCGCCAGGACCCACCCGGACCCCCCGGACCCGGGGACGCCCCAAAACUCUGCAAGCUGGACAGCCCCUCGGGCCCCGGCGGCCUCGGCCCCUUCUCCCCGGGGGCGGACAGCCCCGACCGGCCGAACGGGCCGGACCUGCUGCUGGAGGCUAAGGUGAGGCAGCGGCGGAAGCACCGGCACGCCGCGGGCUCGCCGGCACACGGGCUCAGCCUCAACGUCGGCGGGGCCAGCGCUGCCCGCAAGAGCCCCGGCGCCGAGGACGGGCUGCCGCCACGGCUCGCCCAACCGAGCGCCGCUCCCGGCGCCACCAGCACCAGCAGCACGUGGAGCGGGGUGCACCUGGAGUCCCCCAGCACGCCGUCGGGCGAGGCCGGCUGGUACUUUGGCGUCGACUCCGGCAGCACCGGCGGGAGCGGCGGGAGCCUGUUCGCCGGGGGCAGCCCCUACCCGGCGCCGUUCGGCUGCGGCGGGGUGGCAGGCGGCUGCGAGAUCAGACUGAGGGACAAGGCGCGGGCCGAGCCGCGGGACGGGCGGCACAGCUGGCAUGAGGAAGCCGGCGCCGAGAAGCAGUUCAAGCGGAGGAGCUGCCAGAUGGAGUUCGAGGAGACCAUGUCGGAGGGCAGGGCCCGCGAAGAGCUGGGCAAAAUCAGCAAACAGUCCAGCUUUUCGGGCAGCAUGGAGAUCAUCGAGGUGUCCUGACACCCACUCGGGGUGCCUGGAGACGGGGGG